CGAAACAAAGGAAAAAAAAAGGGGCAGGCCGGUCGAAAAGAAAAGAGAAGGCAGUGGUCAGCCUUUCUCCAUUGAAUUGGGCCGUGUGAUUUUUUGGUUUGGGCUGGCUAUUUGUUUUGGACUGGUUUUAUUGGUGGGCUGUGGAUUUGUCCAAUUUUUCUGACGAAAUUACCAAGAUCUGAAAUAUUUGUGCCGGGUAUCUCGUCUAGUUGUUUGAUAUGGCAGAAGAUGGGAAGUUCCGAAUUGAGAAGUUCGAUGGUACAGAUUUCAGUUGGUGGAAGAUGCAAAUUGAAGAUUUGCUGGUUCAGAAAGAUUUGGAUGUGGUUUUGGGUGACAAGCCAGAAAAGAUGUCGGAUGCAGAUUGGGCAGGUUUGGAUCGGAAAGCAAUGUCCGUGAUCCGUCUCUCGUUGACCAAGAAUGUUGCGUUCAACAUUCUGAAGAAGAAGACAGCGAAGGGAAUCAUGGAAGCGCUGUCUAACAUGUACGAGAAGCCAUCUGCAGCUAACAAAGUUUUUUUGAUUAGAGAGCUGGUGAAUACAAAGAUGAGAGAAGGCACUUCAGUUACCGAGCAUAUCAACAAGUUGAAUUCGAUCUUAGCCAGACUUGCGUCAGUGGGCAUAAAGUUCGAUGAUGAAGUUCAAGCUUUACUACUGCUAUCGUCUUUACCUGAUAGUUGGUCCGGAACGGUUACUGCAGUUACCGAUUCGGUGGAACCCGAUGGAUUCACCUUUGAUCAGAUUCGAGAUCUCGUUCUUGGCGAGGAUGUCAGAAGAAAGAGUUCAGGGGAGUCAUCUGGUGAAUUGCUUCAUGUUGGUAGAGGCAGAAGAAAUAGCAGAGGUAGUGGGAGCAGGAACAGACGAAGGAGUCAGUCGAAGACUCGGGAUAGCUCAGGUGUAACGUGCCGGAAGUGCAAGGAGGUGGGGCAUUUUAGGAAUCAAUGUCCGAAUGAUAAGAAAGUAAACAUUACUCAAGGCUCUGCGAGUGACGAGGAGGUCGCUCUGACUUGCAGUGAGGAAAGCAAUGUGGAUUCUUGGGUCAUGGAUUCUGGUGCUUCAUUUCAUGCCACCCACAGCAACGAAGCAUUGCAGAAUCUGGUUGUUGGGGACUUUGGAAAGGUACGACUAGCGGACGACAGUGCUCUUGAGGUGACGGGCAUGGGUGACAUGGUGUUGAAGACCUCAGUCGGUUUCUGGACUUUGAAGGAUGUCAGAGUGGUUCCAGCCUUGAAGAAAACUUUGAUUUCUGGAAAUCUUGUCAUGGCCCGUGGAAAGAAGAGAGGUUCGUUGUACAUGGUCGGGUUACCAUCUGAGGGAGUGACCGUCCCAGUUCAGAAGAGAAACAAAGUCCGGUUCACAGAGUCUCGUGGGCAGAAUAAGGUUGUCUAUGCAAGAGAGAAACCUAGAGCCACAGGGCAGACUCAGGAUGAACGAGCGAGAAAAGGUUCAAAGAGGCCAGUCAGAGGUAUUUGUGGCAGUGGGAGCUCAAGAGGCGCUUCAGCCAAGUUGCCUAGAAGACAGCGGGUCAGGCGAACCAGUAUUCCAGCUGUUGGAACAUCUCCAGAAAAUUUCUUGCUGAGUACGGAGAUUAUUUGUUCUCAGGAUGUUCCAGGAUCCGGCAGUGUGCGUCUGCAGUGGGAGCCGGUAAAGACCGAGGACGAGUCAGGGGCAGAUUUUGUCGUGACUGAUGUGUUGGAGCUUGGGAGAGCUUCAACGGGCCUUUCAGUUGUCUGAUAAUAGGGCCGCUGCAACAGGAGAGCUGAGAAAGAUUACUCGAUGUACAGGCGAUCGUGGCGGAUGGCAGUUGAUGUUUAUCAAGCCUCCAAGUGGGAGAAUGUUGGGCUUUGUGGAGGCUUGUUUGUCGGCCCGGCCCAGUUGUGCGUAGCCCUAGUUUUUCCCCUAUAUAUAGAGGGCUUGUACGUGUAAUCUGUACCAUAAGUGAAAUAAGAAAAUCCUCCUGUUGCAGCCGUGGACUAGGGAAACCGAACCACGUUAAAUUCUUGUGUGUCGUUUGUGUUCCGUUUCUCUCUUGAUUCUCACAGAUAUUUGUGUGUGUUUUGUUUUAAUUCCCAACAAAGGGAUACAUUAUUAGCAAAGGGAUAGUAGUGAUCUUGAGAGGUGCAGUAAUCCCAGAUGGAAGCAUUUUCAUGUUCGGUCAUGAAUUUUCGAUUCUAUAAUAUAGAGCCUCGUGGUAU